GGACAGCUUGUUGCAAUGCCUAAUCGCCCUUUCUGUGAAGAAAUUCCUCCUAAUGUACAACCUAAACCUCCCCCGUCACAGUUUGAGGCUCUGUUCUCUCAUCCUGUUGCUUGCUGCCUGGUAAAAGAGACCGAGCCCCACCUGCCUACAACCUUUCAGGAAGUUGUAGAGAGCAGUAAGGUCACCCCUGAGCCAUUCUCUGAAUGUUUCUCUGAGGCCAAAACCACAAUCAAAUGUUUAUUCCCGUUUUGCCUGAUCGAAGGAGGACAAAACACAGGUGCCAGCAGUUCAACCAUUAAACGUCCUGUUACACCCCAAUCAACAACCGGGUAUAAACAGGCGGAAAAGGCAGGCCGGGAACCCCGCGGGCAGCAGAGGGAAAGGACAUUCGGGACGGGCCAUUCGGCAAGGGACAUUCGGCAAGGGACAUUCGGGACAGCCUCUCCGCCCGGAGCGGGCAGGCGCCGUGCCGCGGCGCGCCGGCGCAUGCGCGGUGCGGGUCUCCUUGGCGCUGCAGGAGGGCGAGCUGCAGGCCUGCAAGGAGAGAGAUCGGGACAAGGAGAAGGAGCGGGGGUCGCCGCCACCGCCGCCGCCAUGUUCCUGUGCGCUCCCCUGCGCGCCGCGGCCGCACGCUCGGUAAGACAGGUCCGAUACCUGCACAGAACAGCAGCACAAAAUGCCACUGGAGCCUUAUUUGUGCACAGAGAUAGUCCUGAAAAUAAUCCAGACACUCCAUUUGAGUUCACACCUGAAAACCAAAAGCGAAUAGAAGCGAUCAUAAAAAACUACCCAGAGGGACACAAGUCUGCAGCUGUCAUGGCAGUACUGGAUUUGGCCCAAAGACAGCAUGGAUGGUUGCCCAUAUCAGCUAUGAACAAGGUUGCUGAAGUUUUGGAAAUGCCUCCCAUGAGAGUGUAUGAAGUAGCAACCUUCUAUACCAUGUACAAUCGCAAACCUGUUGGGAAAUACCAUAUUCAGGUCUGCACUACCACACCGUGCAUGCUGCGGGACUCUGACAGUAUUUUAGAAGCCAUUAAGAAGAAACUCGGUAUAAAAGUUGGGGAAACAACACCUGAUAAACUCUUCACGCUGAUAGAAGUGGAGUGUUUAGGUGCGUGUGUAAAUGCACCAAUGGUACAAAUAAACGACAAUUACUAUGAAGAUUUGACACCCAAAGAUAUUGAAGACAUAAUUGAUGAGCUAAAGGCUGGCAAAGUUCCCAAGCCAGGCCCAAGGAGUGGACGUUUUUCUUGUGAGCCAGCUGGUGGCCUUACUUCUCUGACUGAACCACCCAAAGGACCAGGCUUUGGAGUUCGAGCUGACCUCUGAGCAUUUUUGUAAUAUAAGAUGAACUGUCUGAAAAUAAUAAAGUAUCUGUAAUCUAAGUAAA